CGCAGCUAAAAAGAUAGAAAGGAGUGCUCAGAGUUCAGGCUAUCUCUGUGAUCAGCCUUCUGAAAAGGAGUUUCCAAUUGAUGACAUGGACUUUGAAAUAUUGGAAGGGCAAAAAAUGCUCAAAGCAAGGGGAGGAGCUACUCAGUUAUGUAGAAAACUAGCCAUGCUGCCAAUAGAAACAAAGGAGCAAGUUUGGGCUCCUAGUGAUUGGCAAUGCUUAGUUGUAUCUACUUGGAACACUCAUUUCAGGGUUACUGAAUUACUAAAGCAGUAUGAAGUACUGGAGAUACAAGUGACGAGAAAGCUAUGUGCUAAAUAUCCCAAUCAGGUUAUUAAAGGAAAACUUGCACUUGUUGAUCUUGCUGGAAGUGAAAGAGCAUCGGAAACCAAAAGUGGGGGCCAAAAGUUAAGAGAUGGAGCUAACAUUAAUAGAUCAUUACUUGCUUUGGCAAACUGCAUAAAUGCUCUUGGGAAACAACAGAAGAAGGGUCUAGCUUAUGUUCCUUACCGCAAUAGCAAACAGACACGUAUUCUUAAAGAUGGCCUGAGUGGUAAUUCACAGACAAUAAUGAUCGCAACCAUAUCUCCAGUCGAUAAUCAGUAUCACCAUAUUGUCAAUACGUUGAAGUAUGCUCACCGAGCAAAGGAAAUUAAAACUCAUAUCCAGGAAAAUGUUGGCACACUUAACACCAAUGUUUCAGACUACCAAAGAAUGAUUGAUAGUCUUCAAAUUGAAGUUGGACAAUUGAGGAAGGAACUAGCUGAGAAGGAAUCUCAACUAAGUGCCAUGCCUAGUGAAAAAGAUGUGGACCAUGAACUUUCUUGGUUGGAGACGUUGAGCUUAGAAACAAGUGAAAAUGUUCAGGAGAGGAUAAAUUUACAGAAGGCUUUAUUUGAAAUUGAAGAAACUAAUACCCAAAACCGCACCGAACUGCAGAUUCUUGAUGAAGCAAUUGCAAAACAACAGACUAUUGAAAACAGAGGAGUGGUUGUGCAAAAACUGAGAGCAAGGCAUCAAGUCAUUCUUGACAACAUCCGUGACAAUGAUGAACUUGGUGUAAAAUGGCAGACGGAAAUCAAAGCAAAUGAGAAUCAAAGGUAUGAGCUACAGGCUUUGAUAGAGGAAGCCAUAGGCAACAACGGGAACAAAACGUACUUGCGAAUUCUCAAUCAAUACAGAAUUCUGAAUGGUCCAAAUCAGAGGGAGAGAACUGAUAAGUGGAAGCCGGGAGAGUCAAUCACCACAGCUUCUCGGAUAGCUCUUCCCGCCGGAAUGGCAUCGAACGCGGAUUCUGCGGAGCCAUUCAAGCCCUAUAAGCUCAAGCAAACCCUAAUCGGCCAUAAAUGCGCCAUCUCCAGCGUCAAAUUCUCCGACAACGGCCGCUUUCUCGGCACCUCCUCCGCCGAUAAGACUGCGCGCGUCUGGUCCGUCUCCGACGGCGCUCUCGUCCACGAGUUACAGGGCCACGACCAGGGCAUCUCCGACGUCGCCUUCUCCUCUGACGGUUGGUACCUGGCCACCGCCUCCGACGACAAGACCCUCCGUCUCUGGGAUGUCGCCACCGGCUCCGUUGUCAAAACCCUAACGGGUCAUACCAAUUACGUAUUCUGCGUCAACUACAACCCCCAGUCAAACAUGCUCGUCUCGGGCUCUUACGACGAGACCGUGAGGAUUUGGGAUGUCAAGAGUGGGAAGUGCCUCAAGGUGCUGCCGGCUCACUCGGAUCCGGUAACUGCAGUGCAUUUCAGUCAGGAUGGGAAAUUGAUUGUAUCGAGCAGCUACGAUGGGUUGUGUAGGAUUUGGGAUGCUUCAACUGGGCAUUGUUUAAAGACAUUGAUUGAUGAUGAGAACCCGCCUGUCAGUUUUGUCAAGUUCUCACCAAAUGGAAAAUUUAUUCUGGUUGGAACUUUGGAUAAUACAUUGCGUCUUUGGAAUUACUCGACAGGUAAAUUCUUGAAAACCUACAGUGGGCAUGUAAACUCAAAGUACUGCAUAUCUUCAACAUUUUCCAUCACAAAUGGGAAAUAUGUCGUUAGCGGUUCUGAAGAUAACUGCGUAUAUUUUUGGGAGCUUCAGACGAGACAAAUUGUUCAAAAGCUGGAAGGUCACAGUGAUGCGGUUAUAUCAGUAGCAAGCCACCCCACGCAGAACAUGAUUGCUUCUGGUGCCCUUUCGAAGGACAAGACAGUAAAGAUUUGGACUCAAGAGGAUUAAUUUGUUCUCGUAACAAUUUUUUGUAGGCCAAAGGAGCGUCCCUUUGGAAAUCUGAGAUUACGGCCCACACCGAAAUAGCACCCAAGCCUGCAGUUUGGCUUAGCAUAUCUCUGCAGUCUGCAAUCCACAACCCCUUUGUGUUAUUAUGAAAGAAAGCUUGUGUUCCAUGGUUCUCUCCCUCAUUAUGAUGUUUGGAGUGUGAUGCAGAUUUAUUUAGUAUCAUUUAUCUUUUGUAAGCAAACUUUUUGAAGUGCAAGUUUUAGAUCAAUGAAUUCUAGAUUGUUGUGAGAUAUAUAGAUUUCAGUGGUUCAAUGCAACUACACUUGCAGAGUGAAGAAAAAAGAGCCAAAAUGUUUAACAUUUGGAUGGAGUUGCAGUUUGAAGAACCUCUUUGAUUAUUAGUGGCGGAUUCCAGAAUACCCGGGUUAGAGGGAAAGAU